AUCGCUGACUUUGCCGCCAAUCUCACUUUCGAUGAUGUCCCCGACGACGUUCGCUCUGUGCUCCCUAUAUUCCUUCUCGAUGCCUUUUCUUCCAUGCUGGCAGGUGUAAUACAGCCAGUCUUUGUUUCUGCUGCAAAGGCUGUCCUACAAACACACUCUGCCGGCGACCUGCCCGCGAUCAACAACGUCAAGACUUCCCUCUCUGGUGCUAUGCUCCUGAAUGGAAUAGCAUGUGGCGAUUUCGAACUCGAACAUGUCAUCGCCAACGCCCAUCCUGCUUCAGCGGUAUUGCCAGCUCUGCUCACCGUGGCGGCUCAGGCACGUUCGUCUGGGCCCGAAUUUCUGACAGCAAUGGCGGUGGGUUACGAGGUAGCGACCCGAAUCGGUGCUGCCAGCGGACAUGAGGUCGAAGCCCUCCGAGGCUUUCACAAUCCGGGACUAAACGGAACUAUCGCAGCUGCCACUGCAGUCGGGCGGCUAUUGAAGCUGGAUGCGAGGAAGAUGGCAAAUGCUAUGGGUAUCGCCGCGUCGAGCUCAGCCGGUCUAAUGUCCUUUGUCACAACAGGCGCGAUGACCAAGCGACUGCACCCAGCACGAGCAGGUCAAUUAGGCGCUGAGGCAGCCUUUAUGGCGCGGGAAGGUAUCGAAGGCCCAACAGAUGUUCUGGACAAUGCGCUGGGCUUCUUUCACGCUUUCUCUCCAUAUCCGCUGCAGCAGCGUCUGAUCGAAGGAUUGGGGCGUUCCUGGAUGGGGGCUAAAAUGAUAUUGAAAUUGUCACCAGUCCACGCCUAUGCACAGUUCCCCGUAUACGCCAUCAACCAGGCCCGCAGUGAGGCUACCACAGGGCUCCCAAAGCCUGAGGGGAUUGACAGCAUCAUCGUAGAAUGCGGGCCAAACACUGCGAAGCCGUCCCACCAAAUCCCAAGCCCAAAGACGCUUGUAUCAGCGCAGUAUAGCGUCAGAUUUGCCGUCGCAGCAGCACUC